AUGCUCGACGACAACCCCAUCGCCAUGACGCCGCGAUCUUUCCACGGAUUCAGUCGCUACAUGUGCAAUUUUCGGGAAGAUUUCUUGCCACUAGAUCUUGUCGUCGUGAUCCAUGACAUGGAGGCGUUCAUCAGCCGCGUCAAUCCCAACGAGCAAUACAGUCGAGAACUCGGCUUCCUGUCGGCUCCAUGCGUUCCCCGACGUCGGUUGUGCAUGUGGUUUCGAGAAUACGGCGUUGCAGGGAUCGCAAGGGUGUACUCACAUCGACCGUACCUGCUCAACCACGACUUCGUCGUGUACUUCGCGUACGCUGGCCACUUGGAAAUCUUGCAGUUCAUUCACGACAAAGGGAUGUACUUGUCGACGUUUGCGACUGUGGCGGCAGCGGAGCGAGGGCAUUUGGAGAUCGUAGUGUUUCUCUGCAACGUAUCGUACUGGGACGAGUUGGCGCGCGUCCGAGCGUCGUACAAAGGGCAUCUCGACAUUGUCGAGUACUUGGAGACGUACGAGUACAUGCACAAUCUCGCGAACGAGUUCACCUGCGUCCUCCAACCAAUUUGAUGUCAUUGUAUUUUAUCCUGAA